AUACAACUUCUCUCGUCUUCCCCUGCGGACUGAGGAAAACAACAUGUCGCUGAGAGCAGCUCUGAGGACUAAACGCUGUGUUUCAGGGCUUCUCUCCCAGCUGCCCUCCUGCAGCAGUCAUGUCAGACCUCGUGCUCCUGCCGUCCUCGUCUCUCAGCAGAGGAACAACUCCACCUCACCGAAGAUCAAGGUGGACUUUGACCAGAGCACAGGUGUGGCGAUUAUGCAAAUGCAGAGUCCUCCUGUCAACAGCCUGAGUUUAGAUUUCCUCACAGAGCUCUGCAUCAGCGUGGAGAAGCUGGAGAUGGAUAAGAGCUGCCGAGGCCUCAUCAUCACCUCGAGUCAGCCCAAGGUUUUCUCAGCCGGCCUGGACAUUAUGGAGAUGUACGGGAAGAGUCCAGAACGCUGUGGAGAGUUCUGGAAAGCAGUUCAGGAGAUGUGGCUGAAAAUCUACGGCUCCAACAUGGUCACCAUAGCUGCAAUCAAUGGUUCCAGUCCUGCAGGUGGCUGUCUGAUGUCGAUGACGUGUGACUACAGGAUAAUGGCGGACAACCCUCGUUACAGCAUCGGCCUUAAUGAGACCCAGCUCGGCAUCGUCGCACCUUUUUGGUUUAAGGACACCAUGACAAACACAGUGGGACAUAGAACCACAGAGAUGGCCCUGGAGCUGGGUUUGCUCUACAGCCCCUCAGAGGCCCUCAAGAUAGGACUGGUGGACCAGCUGGUGCCUGAGGACCAGGUCCUCACCACAGCCACAGAGACCAUGACCAAGUGGUUGGCUAUUCCAGAUCACGCCAGACAGCUCAGCAAAUCCAUGAUGAGGAAGCCAACCAUCGACAAGCUGACGUCCAACAGAGAGGCCGACAUUAAGAACUUUGUCAGCUUCAUCACCAAAGACUCCAUUCAGAAGUCGCUGCGCAUGUACCUGGAGAUGCUGAAGAAGAGACGAGGCUAGAGGAGAGAGCAACGUGAAGAGCUGGAGACACGAGUUGGGAAACACUGCUUUCAGUGUUCAUCGACGCUAACCUUCCAGUGACGAAUAGUGUUUUUCUGUCCAACUUUAUAUGUUGUUGAGAUAAAAACUAGUUUCAAACUUAACAUCAAUUUUGAGGAUAUUCUUUAGAUUAACUGUAGACUGUAGAGAGAGAAUCCGACCUGGACGAGCAACACAGCAGUGACAUAAGCUCCGGACGUUUAGAGGACGAGGCCCAUUUGAAACCAGGAGUCAGUCCUCCUACCUUUGUAGCACUGGGAUUGGUCAGCCACUCUUUGUAGGAGGGGUUUAUCAAAGAGUUCCUUGUAGUGACAGACAGGUUUUUCCUCUUUAAAGUGCAGAGCCUUUACUCUAAUGAAAGUAACCGUUGAAGAGCCCAGUGGAUGAAGCCUUCCUCAUCAUCUCUAACACAUUUGGCUUUAUGCUGUUUUUCUUUCUGCUUCUUAUGAAUAAAUUCCUCUGGGUAGUGGUUUGAACGGUGAGAUUAAAUGUCCAUCUUUUUGUUGA